AGGUGACGCUUUGCCCCUCGUAUUUGUUAACGAGAAACAUAAAACAGAAACAAAAAACAAACAAGUGUUUUGAAAAGCACCGAAAACGAAGAUAAAAACAACAAAAUACUAUAAAGUCUCUCUGCCUGCUUUUUCUCCAUUACUCUCUCUUUACCGCAUCACUUUCCUCGAUCUCCACCAAAAAUACGGAGACGAGGAGAGGACUUUUUGUCUUUCCUCUCUGAUUCACCUAUUGAAUUACUAUUUUCAGUAAACAAAAAUUUCCUGUUUUCGUUGAAUUCCCGAAUUCAUUCCCCUUUUUCAUUGGUUUUCUGGUCAACGUAGUUAGUAGAUUUUUCUUGAUAUUAGGGUUUUUUUUUUUAUUGAUAUUACGGGGUUUGGUAUGAAAUUAUGUAGUUGGAGAAGGUGGACUUAUGGUUUCGAAAUAAAAAUCCCAUUCUCAUUGUUUGGGAUUACCAAAUAUUUAGCAUUUUUUUUUUUUUGUUUAUUUUUCAAAUUCUGUCUUCUGGGGUUUUAUUAUGUUUCACUUUGGGGCUGAUUUAAUGCUUAGAUUGUGAUAGUUUUUGGGUAUUUCUUUUUGUGAACGAAGGAUUAUUUUAUAAUUAUUUUUAAUCUGGGAGAUUGGGAAUUGGGUAAAUCUGUUGAGAUUUAGUGGUCAUUGUUUUGUGGGUAUAGGGUUAUUUCGCAAAUAAAUGCUCAGUUGGGCACAAAUCUGAUUGGAGUUAGCAAUCUUGAGCUUCUGGGCGGGCGUGUAUUGGAGGGAAUUUGAUAAUGGAUCACGUGAUUGCUGGGAAGUUUAAGCUGGGGAGAAAGAUUGGGAGUGGAUCAUUUGGGGAGCUAUAUUUAGGUGUUAACGUACAAACUGGGGAGGAGGUGGCUGUUAAGCUGGAGCCUGUGAAGACCAGACAUCCUCAGCUUCACUAUGAAUCAAAAUUGUAUAUGCUUCUGCAAGGAGGAACUGGAAUCCCCCACCUCAAGUGGUUUGGAGUCAAGGAUGACUAUAAUAUUAUGGUUAUCGACCUUCUUGGACCAAGUUUGGAAGAUUUGUUUAACUAUUGCAAUAGGAAAUUUACGUUGAAAACAGUUUUGAUGCUCGCAGAUCAAUUAAUUAACAGAGUUGAAUACAUGCAUUCAAGAGGUUUUCUUCACCGUGAUAUAAAACCGGACAACUUCUUGAUGGGCCUAGGGCGUAAAGCCAAUCAGGUUUAUGCUAUUGAUUACGGCCUUGCAAAGAAGUAUAGAGAUCUUCAGACUCAUAAGCACAUACCAUACAGGGAAAACAAGAACCUCACAGGCACAGCUCGCUAUGCAAGCGUUAAUACUCACCUUGGAAUUGAACAAAGCAGAAGGGAUGAUCUGGAGUCUCUUGGUUAUGUGCUUAUGUAUUUUCUAAGAGGAAGCCUUCCCUGGCAGGGAUUAAAAGCUGGCACAAAAAAGCAAAAAUACGAUAAGAUCAGUGAAAAGAAGAUGUCAACCCCUAUAGAGGUGCUUUGCAGAUCAUAUCCAUCUGAGUUUGUAUCCUACUUUCACUACUGCCGGUCUUUGCGGUUUGAGGACAAGCCGGAUUAUUCAUAUUUAAAGAGGCUCUUCCGAGACUUAUUUAUUCGAGAAGGUUGUCAAUUUGACUAUGUAUUUGACUGGACUAUAUUGAAGUACCCUCAGAUUGGUGCCAGCUCUAAAGGACGGCAACAUAGUGGGAAAGCAGGUUUGAAUGCAGGAACAUCUGCAGAAAGACCGGAGAGGAUCUCAGUUGGGAAAGAGAUCCGAGAGAGAUUCUCUGGUGCAGUUGAAGCAUUUUCCAGAAGAAAUGUCUCAAACACUAGUCCACGUGAUCGUUCCAGACACAGGACUUAUGAUGAUUAUGCUUCACCCAAGGAUGUGCGCCUUGAUUCGGACAAAGGACGGUCUCGAUAUGGUAGUAGUUCAAGAAAAGCUGUCCUCUCAAGCGACAAGCCAAGUUCUUCUGGUGAACACAGUGAAGGUCGUGCAGGGCGCGCUGUCCUUAGUGGUGGCCGGCCAUCUACCACUCAGAGAAUUCAACUUGGUUACGAGUCAAAACCAUCUUAUACUCGCGCUGCUGCUGCUAGAGGCACCCGCAACGAUCCUCUUCGGAGCUUUGAGCUCCUCUCAAUCAGGAAAUAAUCUGAGUAUUUUGUUAGUAUGGAUAUUUGUUAUGCUUCAAAUGAAUGUAUACAUCUCAGAUUUGUGGGAAAAUUAUAAAAAUACAUGGGAAAUAACCUGAUCACACGUUCAUAUCACUUCUCUCAUUUCAAAAUUCCU